AUGGAAGCCAAAAGAAUUAAACUUUCUCAUUCUGAUUCAAAUCUGAGUAGUAAAGCUUCGUCAUGUGGCAUUGCACAGGCAGCUGAACUGUCGAUAGAAUUGGAAAAUGAGGAGAAAUUAAAAGUUUUCGUUAAAGAUCUAAGAAGAACAUUAAACAACAAACAGAAUAUCAUUUUGUUCAUAAAGAAACGAGAUGUGAGGUUCAAGAUUCUCGUGGACCAAUUUGUGAAAAUGACGAAUGGAUUAGGAAGCACCAGUAACAAUGACCCACCUGCAUAUUUGAAAGAAGUCACUAGCCUUAUAGCCAACUGUUGUAAUUACUCUGUUGCGGCAUGUUUAGAGUUGAAGCAACCUCAUCUACAGUUCACUUUUGCGGCAGUGAAAAUUCUCGAAAGUAUAAGUGCGCCUAUGGAGUGUAAGCAGUCUCUAAUAAGAAUGGUAGCUAAUAUGUGUGCUCACAAAGAAACAGCACUGUUUAUUUCGUCGUCCUCAGGAUUGAUCGACAAAAUUUCACAGUUUCUCGAAAAUGACAAUGCCGAAAUCAUCAAACAAGCUUUAAGAGUCUUGCGCUUGUUGUCCGAAGCUUCGUUUACAAGAGUAAGUCUCAAAUUAAAGAAAGCUUUUACUGCAUAUUUAUUGAAAAAGGGUGAAUAUACAAAGUUGGAAUGGGCUUAA